UUACUUUCAGACUUUAUUUGUUUCAAAUCACAAGCUUAUAGGUUUGACGUUAGUGAUAAAAUUUAUUGGGUAAUAAGUCUGGGAUAUAAUGAAAUGUUAAUUUUUUGUAAUGUCUGACACUCUUUGGGGAACAUAGUAAAGGAUCAAAUUGGAAAAUUCUUCAGAUGCUCGAAAAGGCACUAAAUUCAGUCAUGCCUUUUGGAAUUAAACUCAGCAGAAAAGGGAGAUAUAUACUCUCACAUAAAAAUUCUUUCUUGGUCCGUGUGCAGUUAUUGGAUAACACAAUAAUGGAAUGUACACUGACUGUCGAAAAUACAGGAAAUGAUUGUUUGCAUGCAGUUGCAAAUAAAUUAGAUUUAAAGGAGGUGCAAUAUUUUGGGUUGAAAUAUUGCAAUAAACAAAUGGCAGUUAGAUGGGUGGAACUUGAUAAGCCUUUAAAGAAGCAAGUGGACAAGAAUGCACAUGAUCCUACUCUUUAUUUUGGAGUAAUGUAUUAUGUUGCUAAUCUUGAAUUAUUGCAACAAGAAAUAACAAGGUAUUUGUUCUACUUACAACUGAAGAAUAACGUAAUUGAUGGUUGUUUACCCAGAAGUCCACAAGAGGCUAUUGAACUAGCGAGCUAUAUGUUACAAGCUGAAUUUGGAGACUAUAAUCCAGAAGUGCACACUGUACAAUAUUUUCGGGAUUUUAUACUCUUUCCAGAGGUGAUGGCUCCAAAUGAAGAAAUACUUGAUUCGCUAACAAAAGAGACUUUAGAUUUACAUCAGCGACACAGGCCAUUGACACCCCCUGAUGCAGAACACAAUUAUAUAUUGAAAGUUAUGCAUCUGGAAGGUUAUGGAGAGGAAAGCUAUGUGACUAAAGAUUCGCAAAACGCAGAUUACGAAAUUGGUUGUUCAUUUGUUGGGAUUGUGACUCGUCACAUUCUUCCUGCAUCUGCAAAUGAAGAUGCAGAAAAUAGUCAAUCACCACAGUUUACAUAUGGAAAAAUAACUUGGUAUGAGUGGAAUAAUAUUGAUCAUGUUCUCUGCAAUAAAUCUGCAAUACAGUUAAACAUGAGAAAAGAUGAUACAACAUUACAGUUUCAUAUGGAAGAUGUUGAAACAGCAAAAUAUGUUUGUAGAAUGUUUGAACUGAGAAGAAAAUUUUAUUCAUUGAAUCGACAAACCAGCAAAAAACUUCCUGUGGAAAAUGGAGAAGAAUCAGAAAUACAGAGGAGGCCAACAUUACGAAGAACUCAAGACACUCCUGUACCUGAGAUCAAUAAUGGCAAUCCAAAUAACGAUCAACAUUCUAUCGACACAUCACAGAGGCAGGCUGACUUUAUUUCAUCACAAGAAAACCUGCAGUCAUAUGCUCGUCAACAAGAAGCACAAUAUUACACAUCUCAAACAAGUUUAGAUCAUGCUUAUGUUUCUCAAACCAGUCUUAACAGAGUUCCUGGACUUCAACAAGAUUAUGGGUAUGCAAAUGGAUAUAUACCUAGUGGAAGCAUGUAUAGUUCACCAAGUAUAAAUUCACUUGGUCAUUCUCAAACACAAUUGAACCAAAAAUCGCCAGCAUCAAGCAACAUGAGUUUAAGCUCAGAUAGACAUCUUGCUGGUAAUGGUGUUCCAGUAUAUAGAUGUACACCUGAUUAUGAACAAGCAGUGAGGCAGCGUAGAAGAUACAGCAGUUAUCUGGAAAAUCAAGCUGUUGCAAGACAACAUCAGCAAGCGGCAGCAGCUGCGAUUCAAGAUGGAUCUCUGAAACCCAGACCACACUCCAUGAUUUACUCUCAACAAGAGUUAAUACAACAAGCAGCAUUUCACGGCCCCCAUUAUGCUCUGUACCCACCUCAUAAUCCUCCUCUACAUUACCAUGCCGGUACACCGCAGAGAGUAGAUUCUGCCACACACUUGCCAGCUUCUCAGACUCAGCUACAUAGACAAUUUGAAUCAUCUCAUGAAUCUUUGCCGCCUGUGCAUGGUUUAAUUUCGCAAUCCACAAACCAUCAAGCACAAUAUAACCCCCAGGAGGCCAUGCAAAUGCAGGAUGUAAGGCUGCAAGGUGGAGCAGGUGCUGUACCAGGGAAUGCUAUACUUGCAGCAAGCACUCCGGAACUUGCCAAUGCAGUACAACAGGCGAAAGGUUAUUCUGCUUCUGAAAUGCAAUUGCUGAGAUAUUACACAAAACCACCACCACCUUACCCUCGUAAUAACAGUACAAGCACACCUGAUCUAAGUGCCCAUAGACACAGUGCUGUCUCCGCGAGCAGUCCCGAUCUACACCAAGGAUACAGCGGAAUACCGGGACAGCAGCGUUGGACAAAUUUACAUCCUGUACAUCAUGCAGCUUUAACAGAAGAUGGUUAUCAAGCGCUGGCCGAACAUAAUCAAAUGCUUCAAGAUGGCUUCCAGCCAUCUGAUCAAAUGUCGGUUAUCAGAGGUGUUUGCACAAGCGUUGAAGGUUUACAUCAUUCACAACAGAAUAUGAUGGAAAUGAAUGCAGCUGCUCAACAACAACAAAGAAAGCAAACGCCUGAACAAUCUGUACAAGCAUAUCUUCAGCAGUUAUCACUCGAACAACAUUCACAGCUUCCAACUCCACCACGGACGAAACAGCCAGGACAACAACAUCCCCAUGCCAGACAUCACAGACCUGUGUCAUACCCACCUCGACUGAACCACAACCAUCCAGUGUUAACAGGGGUCGUAGAGCAAGAAUUUUUGCCGCGAAAUAGAUUACCACCAGUACCACAACAGAAUAUUCCAUUGUCACAAUCUCAGACUAGUUCGAGUGCAUCUACAGUUGGUUCUCCAUAUGGAUCACAACAGUAUUUACCCCAACAACAUGGCAGCCAAAUAAGUCUACAACACAUUCAACUUGCACCAGCAGCCCAUCCUAUUCUUACACAACAUCCCAUGCCACAAAGAGCGGAAGUCUCCAUCCAUCCAGCUGGGUCCAACAGUAAUUUACAUUAUCAGCAUCCAACACAAUUGCAACAGCAUAACCAAGUGAAUCAACUUGAUGAUCAAAACGGAGAAUAUUCAGAUGAUCCAGAUGCAUAUGAAGUUUCAACAAUAGAAAAUGAGCAAGAAUUUGGAACAAUACCUCAUCACUCACAAAUGGCAUCAAAUGUUACGAUGGUUGUUCAUAGCAGUGCGAGUGAAGCCAGUAGCAGUGAUGAUGAAAUUUAUUCUUCCGAUGAUGACGGUCAACAACAUAAACCAAAGACAGAUUACCGACAUGUGCCUUUAACAACCAUAGAUGGAUGGCACAGAGAAAAACCAACAGAGAUGUACGUUCCGCCAAAACCAAAACAAGAUAUGCAACAGUUUGUGCCCAAUGAGGAGGAUUCUCAUGAGAUGAGACUUCCACCUCCUUACCCAGAAGACCAAAACCCCCUUUCCAGUCCCAUACCACCCAUUCCGAUCAUAGGCACUGAGGACCAUGACCCACCUAAAAGUUAUCGAAAGCCGGACAUGAUGGAAAGUUUUGACGAGGGUGAUAUGGCACGAGUUUCUGUUUUCCCUCACCCCCACCCUUCACCUCUGCCCCAUUCUCCCAAACUCAGUAAUACAAAUCCUUUUUAUACCCCAAAUAUGAACUCAAAUAACCCAUUUUACGAGCAAAGUGUUGAAAAUGGUGGAAAUCUGGAUGUGAUUAAACAUGAUGUUGAUUUUGAAGAUUUUCACAGAAAAAAUUCGACUGUUACUGCAAACCAAAAGGAAGCAACUAGUUUGUUUGCAGAUGCUAGUAGUGGUGACUUGAGACAAGCAAGACGUAGUACAAGGAAAAAUAUGCCUCUGAAAUUAUCAACAACUAGCUCCGAUAUGAAUGAUCUCGCAACUUCAGCUGGUGCUCCUGAUGAAAGGGUUCUUCAGUUGGAGAAGCAGGUGGAAGAUGGACAAGUAUUGACUGAAUAUGAAAAAAUCCAAAGAAAACGAACAACAAACGAGGCAUUGUCUGGAGAUUUAUCUGGUCAAAGAGAUCGUGUUAAAAGUGUGUUGCCAUAUUCUGAUAACCGAAUCUUGAUUUCAAAAACAGCAGGAAACAAUGAUGGAUAUAUUAAUGCUUCUAUGUUAGAGGUGGAAGUUGCAGAUCAAAAGUGGAGUUAUAUUGCAUGCCAAAGUCCACUUGACGAUUUUCUUCAUGAAUUUUGGGAAAUGAUCUGGGACCAAAGAGUUAACAUUAUUGCAAUGAUAUCAAAGGAAAUUGAGGAUGGUAGAGUAAGGUGUGGAAGAUACUGGCCAGAACAAGUUGGUGAUCCAAGCGCAUUAUUGUUUGGAGAUUAUAGAGUGUCAUGUGAAAUUGUCAGCGAAUAUUCACAAUCACAAACAACUGAUAGGACUGAAGAUGAUAAUUAUGAUGAAGACCUCACACGACCUCGAUCUGGUUCAACAGCUUGUGAAAAUUUAGUCACAAGUCGUCUUGUGCUGCAAAAAGCUGGAACAACUGAAUGCAGGAAAAUUUGGCAUUUGCAAUAUGUUGGAUGGCCAGAUUCUGGCGCACCAAAGGAGGCAACAGAUUUUCUAGCAUUUAUGGAAGAGUUGGAGUCUGUUAGAAGGUUGGCAGAAGACACAUUAUCAGAAGAUGAGCCAAUUCCUCCUAUUGUCGUCCACUGUGCUUCAGGUGCAGGAAGAACUGGUGUUGUAAUAUUAAGUGAUCUAAUGAGACACAGUCUUGAACAUAAUAAAAUUACAACAGUCCCUGAAAUGUUGAAGACACUUCGUGAACAGAGGAUGCAUAUUGUACAAACCGUGUCACAAUAUAAUUUUGUUUAUCAAGUUUUAAUCCUAUUUUUAAAGAACUCCAGAUUAAUUUGAUUUUAGGUAAACAGAUUUCUGUCGCUAAAAUCUUAUUUCUUUGCGAAGAAGGACCCGUAUUAUUAUUUUUUCACAACACGACUAUGUUUUAUUCGUAUUUUUUUUGUUCACAAAAAAAUCGUUUUUUGUUUUGUUAUUAUUAUGUUAUAAUAUCAUCAUGAUCAACCCUUUUAUAUUGUUUAACGUUCGCAAGUUUUUACGUCAAACAUGUUUUUAAACGAUCACUUUCGUUAAUUGAUACCGAUUGCCAACUCAUUAUUUUGAUGUGUUUUUUACAGUUUGUGAUUGACUUUUUUACAUUAUUCAUCAUUUUUCAAUGAAGUUAUGUACAAAAGUAUUCUUUUUUCUGGUUUUAAUUUUAGUAUAAAAAAUUGAAAUUUUAGUUAGAAAUAUUUUGUCGGGAUGGCAUUUGUGAUCUAAAAUUUUGAACGCUUACUGCUUAUGACCGUAUAUGUAGUAGAUUAAAUUUUUUUUGUAUUCAUUUUUGGUGGCAUGAAUUUUUCUUGAACUUAACCUAUGAAUGUUGUAAAUUAGAAAGAAGUUAUAUUUGACGGUCUGGGCUUUCUACCAGAGACUUUCGUGAUGAUAUUUCAAGAUACUAUAUAGUUACAGCACAGAAAAAAUGCUCAGUGAAUUAACAAUACCAGAAAGCAUGUGGUGUGUAAGCAUAUAUAUAUAUAUGUAUCAAAGUUUCGUCACCUAUUUGAAAAACUCAAAAUUUUGACGAUUAUGUCGUACUAUUCAGUAUCGACAGCUGUAUAUUUAUUUUUCCUAUUGGGUUUUCUACUUGAACGCAUCAUUCUGUUCUGCGUUAUUGAAUGUUCAGUGCAGUGAAUGGAAUUCCGAACUUACUUUAUAUUGUGAAAGGGAAUCCUGCUCAAUGGCCAUGAUGUCGCUACUAGAAUAAAAAGACUUGCAACUGGAUAUUCAUUCAAUUUCAUUAGGUAUUCUCUUGAGUACAAGAAGCAAUAUUUAUUGUAUCUAACAGUGAAAUAUAUUAUUAAUUUUACAUCCCGUCCAUUUCUCAUUUUCCCUCUAUUCAUCAUUGGCUAAACACGUUUUUAGUUUUCGUGAAAUUUUUCAUGCUUUUUUUGAUUUUACAAAACCACACAUUUUUUUGUGAUUACUUAAAAUAUAUUUGCAAGUUUACACAA